AAAAACAGUAUAAAUAUUUUUAGUAUGGAACUAUGGAUUACUCAUCAUUCUUAGGUUACUCCUUCAGCCAACUCGAGCCCACAUUCCUGUCAAUCUCAACCAUGAAAAGAGAAAAAAAAAAGAUUGCAAAGCAAUAAAAAGUCGUAGCCUGUAAGAAUCCAAUGUAAAAACAAGUUUGAAGCUGACCUUCAACUGCCAAGUUAACCCAUUUCAUUAAUGAAUCCCUUUAAUACGGAAAAACACUUUCCUUUUCUCAUACUAACAUCACUCAGUCCAUCUUAAAGCUACUGCUUCACUCAUUCACACCAAUAAUCUGCUGAAUUUCAUGAUCAUUGGACCAUUAGGCUUAAAUUCGAGCAUAGGGUUGUUGGUGAUAUUGUAGUGAAAACACAAGGGCAGUUUCAGACUUUUAGAUGUAGCCCCAAUUAUAAAAUAUAUGAUCUGCAAAGUGCAAAGUCGUAGGUGAGGAUGGUUAAAGGCAACUAUGAUAGCGAUACACAUCCUAUUCCUUCUUUUAGCUUAACCCUUUACCUUCUUUUUCUGUGUUCUUUUAUUCUUUUAUUAUUUUGCAAAGCUAGCAGACAACAUAAAUGACAGAAACUUUUGUAAUAAUUUUUCACAUUUUAUUUCUGAUAUUCCUUCUCUUAAAGAAAUACUAAAUGGGAAUUGAGAGGCGUACGAUGUUGCGUAUAAACUAGUGUUUGACUAAAAUAAUCCUGGGGCGUACAGGUGAAAGUAAAAAAUUUAGCGUAGCAAUGAUGAGAGAGAGGGCACAAAUGGGCGCAGCUAAGCACGUGGGUGCUGCCUUUCUCAUUGCACGCUGUCAUGGCAAGGUCAUAAGACUCAUGGCAAAAUGCCAUUGAAGCCUAAGGCUUGAAACGAAAUAUUCUUUUCGAUGUUACAAAAGGGUCAAAAAUAUAUCUACAUUCCGAAACAAAACAUAUUUUUUUCAUUUAUAUUUUGGUUGAAUUUUCCGAUGAAUGAUUGGCAGUUGCUGUUUGUGUAGAGAGUAUCAAAAGCGUUAGAUUUCAGGUUGUUUGUCUCAAAAAAGAAUUCUUUAUUUAACUGUGUAGAGAGUCUUUUUAAUUAGAGGAACGUAGUGAACUCCACAUUUAUCUAUGCGAUUUGGAGAGGGCUGCUGCUGUCUUUUUUUUUUUUUUUUUUACUAUGCUUUUGGGUUCAUUGACUUGGUGAGAGUUUUAGAAUACUUGAUCUUCGAUAGGAUUGCAAUGGCUUUGAUUCUUUGUUUUGCAUGUCCAAAUCAGAUAGGGUAUGGAAUUUGACUGAAGGACUCCGGACUUUGUAUUAUUUGAUCUUCUGGGUUUCUGUCACUUGAUUAUUUUUUGCUAUAUAAAAGAAAAAAUUCUAUGUAUAAACCCACAACAAAAACUCUUGGUACUCCUUUCUUCUUGGAUAUCCUCUCUGGUAUCUCCUUCCGUAAAAUUGUAGUAUUUCUUUUGACAGUUUAUUUGUUCUAUUUGCUGGAAUUUGAGGUUUAUCUUUUUUGGGUUUCUAGUUGGGGUUGCUUAGUUGGGAUAUUUUCGUACAGGGAAUGGGUGGUCUAGUCAUUUCUGUUGUUCGGAUAACAUCUUUUGCUUGCGGUUGGAGAAGGAACUUUUUAUGACUUUUGGUGCACCAAAAGGGAGGCUUCUACCAUCAGGCGUGAAAAGAGGUUUAUUAGUUUCCAUCAUGUUAAGUUGUACCUGGUGAAUACACAAAGCGUAGUGAGGAAAGAAAAAAAAACAACACAAAAUUCAGUCAUGAAGUUUAUGAAGCUCGGAUCUCGGCCUGACACCUUCUACACUGCCGAGGCUGUAAGGUCUGUCUCUUCCGAAGUCUCUAGUGACCUUAUAAUUCAGGUGAAAGGAAGUAGAUAUCUGCUUCACAAGUUUCCUCUGUUGUCAAAGAGUUUGCGGUUGCAGAGGACAUGCUCUGAAUCCCCUGAAACAUCACAACAACAAAUAAUCCAAUUACCUGAUUUCCCUGGUGGAAUUGAGGCGUUUGAGCUUUGUGCAAAGUUCUGUUAUGGUAUCACAAUCACUCUCAGCGCGUAUAACAUUGUAGCUGCACGAUGUGCAGCCGAAUACUUGCAGAUGACAGAAGAUGUUGAGAAGGGGAAUUUAGUUUACAAACUUGAAGUUUUUUUCAAUUCCUGCAUCCUACAUGGUUGGAAAGACUCUAUUGUGACUCUACAAAGCACCAAAGCUUUUCCUUUAUGGUCAGAAGAGCUUGGAAUUACGAGCAGAUGCAUAGAAUCAAUUGCAUCAAAAGUUUUAAUACACCCCUCAAAGGCGAGCUUGUCACAUAGUCAUUCGAGAAGGGUUAGGGAUGAUAUAUCUUGUAAUGGAGCAGAGAGCCAGCGGCACAAACAACCAACAACCAAAGGUUGGUGGGCUGAGGACAUGGCUGAGUUGGGUAUAGACCUCUACUGGAGAACGAUGAUAGCAAUUAAAUCUGGUGGGAAAAUACCCUCUAAUCUCGUUGGGGAAGCAUUGCAAAUUUAUGCAUCUCGAUGGCUACCUAACAUAUCCAGAAAAGUAAAAGCUAACAAAGAAGCAGCAUCUGGCUCAGAUUCAGACUCAGCUGGUGAGGUUACUUCAAAGCACAGGCUGCUUUUGGAAUCAAUAGUAAGUUUACUCCCGUCACAGAAAGGCGGUGUUUCUUGCAGUUUUCUACUUAAACUCUUGAAAGCAGCCAACAUUCUCAAUGCUUCAUCUUCUUCAAAGAUGGAAUUGGCUAGAAGAGUAGCACUUCAAUUAGAGGAGGCAAGAGUCAGUGAUCUGUUAAUACCUUCUCUAUCAUACUCAAGCAAUACACUCUGUGAUGUAGACAUAGUUAUGAACAUUUUGGAGCAAUUCAUGUUACAAGGACCUCCAACCAGCCCUCCAAGAUCCAAGCUGGGGUUUGAAAGGAGAAGAAGGUCACGUUCAGCCGAGAAUAUUGACUUUGAGUUUCAGGAAAGUAGGAGGUCUUCUACAGCAUCACACAGCUCCAAACUAAAAGUAGCCAAAAUUGUAGAUGGUUAUCUUCAAGAGAUUGCCAGAGACAAAAAUCUGCCUCUGUCAAAAUUCAUUGCAAUAGCUGAGACAAUUCCGGAUUUCUCACGGCUUGACCAUGAUGAUCUCUACCGAGCUAUCGACAUUUAUCUCAAGGCACAUCCAGACCUAAACAAGAGCGAAAGAAAAAUGUUAUGCCGUAUUCUAGACUGCAAAAAACUCUCUGUUGAGGCCUGCAUGCAUGCUGCUCAAAAUGAAAAACUUCCACUUAGGGUAGUGGUGCAAGUUCUCUUCUUUGAGCAAGCUCGAGCUGCCACAGCGGGGGGCAAAGUGACUGAGCUCCCUAGCAACAUUAAGGCACUUUUAGCUUCUCAUAAAAUUGAUACAUCUAGGCCUCCAGGGCCUUUGAGCACUACCACUAGCAUUCCAGCAGAUGACCAAUGGAGCGUCUCAGGUCUUAAAUCCCCGAAGUCCAGAAUUUCAACAUUAAGGAUGAAACUAGCUGAAGAUGAUAAUUUGGACGAAAAUGAUAUGAACCCUGAUGGAAUGGGAAGACCUUCUAAAUUUAAGGCUUUCUGUGCUCUACCUACGAGACCCAAAAAAAUGUUCAGUAAGUUGUUGUCCAUCAAUAGAAGUACCAGUGAAAAGAAUUGAGUGAAUUUUGUUUAUUUCCAAAGUUGGGGAUGGUAAAAUUUUAAGGGUAACAUAUACUCUCUUCUUUUUUUUGUCCAUUGAGCAAAUGCCUUGUAAUUUUAGCUAAGAAACAAAGAAUCUCAAUGUGCAUUGAUGAUGUAACCUAAUAUAAUAAGAAUCAAGAUUUUCAGGAGACAGGAAAUUCUUUUGGUGAAUCUCAUUUUUAGACUGGACUAGGACUCCUAGUUGUAAAUGGCUAAUCGUGGGGCCAAUAUAGCUGUGUUUGUCCGUGGAUUUGCAAACACUGGUCUUUGUCACUUGGUUGCAAUACCUGGAUCCUCACCUGGUGAUCAAGAUUAAGUAUUGGUAUUUCUUCUGUCCGACAGGAUGCACUGAUUUUAUAUUGGAAUUUGUCUUAAAUCUUUGUUUUAAGCUAAAUUGGGAUAUAUUUACUCCAAAAUUAUAUAGAAAUUUGCGCUGGCAUCUGCAAAGAUUCAGAUUUAUAUUUUCUUGAAAUUCUUUGUGGGGAAUUAACCGCCAAGUUGAUGAAAUGAUAGAAUUAAUG